AUGACUGGCCAUUUUGUAUCUGGAGUUGCAAUGCUCUGCACUGUACUGGGUUUUCUGUACGGGAGGUACAAUAGUAUGUGGAUUCCGUAUCCAAGGUACAAUAAGCUUUCUUGGGGCUUCGUGGCAGGCAUAAUCAGCUUGAUAUUCAUUCUGAUAAGUUUCUUCACAAUGCUUGUCUUCUACCUCAAAAUCCACUCGAAAUCGGUGAAAGCAAGAAUUCUUCGUUAUAGAAACGCGGAAAAUGUAGGAGAAGAUGAUGAUGACGAUGAUAAUGUUCCAGAGGAUGAUGAUAGAAACGUCACCGAUGAGAUUGAGCGACUGGCAUCCACUUCGGCAUCUCAAAUGUACUCGUCUCAACCGGGGGGUUAUCUGCAACCACGUAUAGCGGGAUCGCAAUUUCAUGCUGAUUCUGUUGUGGUGGAAAAUUUCGAGAAUGAAGACUAUGAUGAGGAUGGAAUAUAUCCUUACGAAAGUUAA